AUGGAGGUGUCCAAGAUCAAGGCCCACAUCCUGAAACCUAAAGGAAUAGCCAUUGCAGUGGUGGCCCAGUUUGGAGUAAUGCCCCUCACUGCCUUCUUAUUGGCUAAGGUGUUACAGCUGGGGCCGGUGGAGGCUGUCGUGGUGCUGAUCUGUGGAUGCUGUCCAGGGGGAAGCCUCUCCAAUAUACUGGCCCUGGCUCUGAAGGGAGACAUGAACCUAAGUAUUGUGAUGACUACCUGCUCUACAGUUCUAGCCCUGGGUAUGAUGCCACUGCUCCUCUACCUGUACUGCCAGGGCUUCUCCAACCUGGAGAGUGCUGUUCCCUACGCUGGAAUUACUCUGGCCCUGGUCAUGACUCUGUUCCCCUGCAGCAUCGGAAUCCUCAUCAACUACUACAGGCCGCAGUACUCCAAGACUAUUACUAAGGUUGGUCUGUCCCUUCUGUUGAUGUCCAUGGUAGUGAUUGGCCUGUUGGUCAGCAUGACCGUAGGAGGGAUGGAUUUGAUGCUGACCGUCCUGUCCCCCCCACUCAUAGCCACCGCUGCCCUCAUGCCCCUCAUUGGCUACACCUUCGGAUACGUCCUCUCAUACCUCUUCAAACUAAACGGAUCGGGGCGGAGGACCAUCGCUAUGGAGACAGGCUGCCAGAACAUCCAGCUGUGUUCCACCAUUCUGAAGGUGGCAUUCCCUCCCGAUGUGAUUGGUCCACUCUACCUGUUCCCUAUGAUCUACAUAGUGUGUCAGGUGGGAGAGGCCUUCCUGCUCAUCGCCCUCUUCAGGGUUCACCAGAGGUUCUUUAAAACACCAAAGAAAGAGCAGCAGGUGUUCAAGGCCAUGGAUAAACAGCCAGAGGAGAUGAAGCUCAGUGACGUGGCCGUCUAAACGGCUGAUCUGAUGGAAUUCAGAUUCACAUCAGCGCAGUCUAAAAUGGACCCUGGUGAUGUCAUCCAAGGCAUCAGGCUCAUCUACCAGGAACUCUUACAAAAUGUGGACUUAAAAAACACCCAGUACCCUGCACUUACAAUGAUGCAUGGCAGCAGGCGUUUUGAAGGUGGAUUGAUUGUGCCAAGUGACUACACUGUAUAAGUGUAGCAGUGUGUGUGUGGUAUGACGUGUGUAAUUAACCGAAAAGAUAAACCUAUGUACCGUUGGAACUACACGAGUACUUCUGAUCAAAGACAUGGUAGUGUCAAUGUGUGGACAAGCUAUAGAAAACAUUGUAAAAUAGUAGUGUGACAUUUUAUUACUAAAUAUUGUUUUAAGUUCAAUUACUAAGAACAUUAACAGUGGCACAAUUUUGUUGAAGUUUAACUUCUCAAGUUGACAUACACAAAUUGUAUUUUAAUGCUUUAUUUAAAACUGUUUAUUGGUAAUUUGCUUUGGGACUUGUUCUUUUUCCAUGGAAAUACAAAUAACCUUCAUAUCAAACACUGAAAAAAAAAAAAAAAAAAUCAUACUUCAUGCUUUAGCGUACAAAAUGUUUUAUUUUCCAAACUAUUGUCCAGGUGUUAAAACCUCUUCACAAUAAGUUGUAAAAGGGAAAUGUAUAGAAUGCUAUAUAGAAACUAAAAGUACAGAGAUAUCACUCCAUUUAAACAUUCAAUAGAAAUUGGUUAAAAUAAAAACACAGCAUGUACAACAAUGUUUUCACAAGGUGUCUUCACUGAGGAUAAAACAUCUUCACUGCCCGUCACAAAGUCUGACACACCAAAAAAAAGAUGGCAUCCUAUUAAAAAAUAAUCAUCACAGCAUAAAACAAAACAAUUCCCCAAACGGUUACCUUACGCCACCCC